CCCUCAGGUCUCUUGUUCCAUCAAGUCUUGCUUUGCACGCCAAAACCGCCUUCAAAACAAGAAUAGUUGCAUAUCCUAUCCUUAUUGAAGCAAUACUCAUCGACAGCUAAGAUGUAUCUUGCCACCUUUCUUACAAGCUUACUCUCCAGCUUGCCCAUUACGCUUUCUGCUCCCAUCUCAACCACCUCCGAACUCUACGGAGAGCCAUACAACUGCGGUUAUGUUCUCACCGAACGGAACAGCAGCACCUACGCCAGUGUUUCCGCAUUCUCCGAGUGUACUGCAAUCUACUACAACUACACGAUCCCAGGAUUCCAAGACGCGUACGCCUACAGUUUGUAUGGGGGAUGCCAAUGUUCGUUUCAUCUGAGCGAGGACGACUGCAAGGGAUCAGCCAAUCCACCCAUGUAUGAGGGACCGACUGGAAGGCCUGGCGAGGAGCCGUGUUUCCAAGACCCAAAUCCCAAGUGGUACAAGUGCGCGACCACGGGUUGAUAGUAUUGCGGAGGGUUUGGAUACGAUCGGAGACAUCGGCGGUUAUUCCAUUUCUGAGUAUCUUAUCGGCAUGGUAAUGGAGACUGGGGCGGCGGCUUUGUAGUGACG